CUCAUUCCUAGUUGCACAGUACAAUGCCCCGCGUUAACUACCGCUGAGUACGCUACUGCUCUAUACAGACCUCCUGUCAGGCCAUGCAGCGUGGCCGGGUGGGAGAUCUAUAAGAGUCCCAUACGUCUGCUUGACGGGGGCGAGGGAAACAAGCCAGUCCUGCCCACUCCUGCAGCACCGACCCCAGAGAAGGUUACGCUAACGCAGACCCUAGAUCGCUGUCCUGUUCACAUUUGCACGCGGCAAGCCUGAAGUUGUAGCAGAUCAUCCUGCCAAUAUUCGUUGCCACAGUACUGGUUGAUUAGGAGCUUUGCCGACCCCGCUCCUUGAGGCAGCCCGAUGGACUUUUCACGCGACCUGUUUCCUUUUUCCUUACAGCUGAAAUGCUCUCUCCUCCAGAGACUCUUCUCUUCCCACGAAAGAUUCCCCGCGCAACGGAAAACACAUUGCCAAUAUGGAGGACUACCAGAAUGGAAAGGAGAAACACGCCAGUGACACACAGGCCCCGGAUAUCCAAGAGGCCUUUUUGGCUGAAAACGCCGACCAGCUUCAACGUCACCUUAACAAUCGCCAGAUCCAGCUGAUAGCCAUCGGAGGUUCCAUCGGGACGGCCUUGUUCGUGAGUAUUGGAACUGGUCUCUAUCAUGGCGGUGCUGCGAACUUGUUCCUGGCCUACACAAUCCACAGCUGUGUGCUCGCCAUGGUCAACAAUUGUGUCGCAGAAAUGAGCACGGCAUUCCCCGUUAGCGGUGGCUUCAUCCGCCUCGCAGGCAAAUGGGUGGACGAUGCCCUUGGCUUCAUGUGCGGUUGGAACUUCUUCUUUUACGAAGCUCUCCUGAUCCCGUUUGAGAUUUCGGCCUUUACCCUCGUGGCAUCUUUCUGGAGUGAGAAGCUCACCGAGCCUGGCCCUAUUGCAGGCGUCGUCGCCGGUAUCGUUAUAGCCUACGCCUCUAUCAAUGUUCUUGCUGUCAGAGCAUACGGAGAAGCCGAGUUCUGGCUCUCUGGUGGCAAGGUCAUCCUAAUCUUUUCCCUCUUCUUCUUCACCUUUGUCACUAUGGUUGGUGGCAACCCCAAACACGAUGCCUAUGGCUUCACGAAUUGGAAACACGGAGGGGCGUUCCGAGAAUAUAUUCAUACGGGCGACCUUGGUCGAUUCCAAGGGUUCAUCGGCGCCCUGACGUCUGCAGUAUUCACCAUCGUCGGCCCCGAGUACAUCUCCAUCGUCGCCGCUGAAGCAAUUCGCCCACGCAUUUACAUCAAGGCCGCCUUCAAAAUGGUCUACCUCCGAUUCGGUAUCUUUUUCAUCGGCGGAGCCUUCUUUGUGGGCAUUGUUUGCGGUUCCAGAGAUCCGGGGUUGGUGAACGUCGUCGAAGGCGGGAGCGGCGUUGGGGCCGGAGCAUCACCUUAUGUGAUUGCGAUGAAGAAUAUGGGAGUGCACGUAUUUCCGCAUAUCGUCAACGCACUUCUGUUGACUUCGAUCUUCUCGGCGGGCAACACUUACACGUACGCCGCCACGCGCACGCUCUACGGCCUGGCGCUUGAAGGAAGAGCACCACGCAUCUUCGCGCACUGUACAAAGAAGGGAGUGCCGAUUUGGAGCUUCUGCGUGGUCAUGAUUUUCCCCAUGCUAUCAUUCCUACAGUGCUCAAGCAGUUCGUCUAUUGUAGUCACAUGGUUCGCCAACAUCGUGACCGGGGGAGGACUCAUCGAUUUCAUUAUCAUGACGAUAACCUACAUCCAGUUCUACCGAGCCUGUAAAGUGCAAGGCUUCGAUCGCAACAGUCUUCCCUACACCGGCUAUCUACAGCCGUUCUGCGCUUACUUUGCUCUCGUCUGGCUGAUCAUUGUCACUGCAAUCUAUGGCUACACGAGCUAUACGCCCUGGAACACGUCAAAUUUCUUCUCCAACUACACCACGCAACUCUUCAUCCCCUGGCUCUUCUUAAUUUGGAAGAUAAUCAAGAAGACCAAGUGGCUUCGGCCUCAGGAUGUCGAUCUCGUCUGGGAGAGGCCCAUUAUCGACGCUUACGAGGAGACCUUCCUGGAUCCACCGGUCGGCUUCUGGAGGGAGUUUGCCCAAUUGUUUGGUUUUGCGAAGAUCAGGGGCGGAAACGACAAGCGGCGACCGAGUGUCAUAAAUCCGCUCGAGAAUGGUCCGGAAGAGGCCAAAAGCUGGUAGAUGCAUGUCUCAGUGUCUCAGUGUCAGCCGGCAAGAAGAUCUGGGGAAGUCCUGCUGCCUGACAUUACAUGGGGACGGGUAAUAUGGAAGCGGACGAGCCUCGAAAUUGACCCGACAGUCGAUGUAGCAGUGGGAGACGAUGUAGUCUCCGCUGCAGGGGCUACAGGUAAUUUGGAGCAUGCUUCUAGGUAGCGGGUAAUCCCUGUCUCGAGGACGAUAUGAGGAUUGAGAACAUAUCACAUGAAUGAAUGGUCGUGAUGUGCUAUUUUGGUAUUCAAGGGGUUCACCAAUCGAUAGAUACGGAAGACAUGGACUCGGUUUCUUUUGUCGGCAGCCAGAAUUUGGCUCCAUCUCCGAGACCAUACUACUCCCGAAUCGAGGCUGAGUUGCAACGGUGUACGGCCCCUGG